UGGUGGAUUAUUUUGAGAAGAUUGCCGGGUCGGUUGGUUCUUCGGGAGUUCGGUCGAUCAUUCCAUGAAACGCCUUGACUGUUACUAUUAUUUGUGCCUGUUGGAAGUAUAUAAAUUUGAUCAUCACUUUUGUUUGAAAAAUGAGCUCUCUUGGCGACAUCGCUAGACCAACAUCCAGAGUUCUCCGACCUCCUGGAGGUGGAUCGAGCAAUAUAUUUGGAGAGACUGACAACAGUUCAACUAAGAAAAGUCCAAACGCUAAACCAACUUAUCAAAGUUCUGUAUUCAGCAGUGGUCUAGAACCUGAGAAGCCGAAAUCUGCCACCCGUCCCGAUCGUAUGUCUAGUAAUAUAUUCGGCACAGACAACAAUGACAACCAAACCUCUACAAACGCGAAAAAAGUAAGCAAAACGCACCAAUCGUCUCUGUUUCAAGAGCCUGAACCUUUAAGUGAAGAGAAGAAAAAAGCUGCUAUGAAAAAUAAUAUCAGCAACAUACCAAUGUUUAAUGCAAAUUCUCCUGAGGAGGCAAAAUCUUCUAUUAGACGUCCAGUCACAGCGCCAACUCACAUGCCACAGGGAUCUUCCCUCAACUUAUUUUCAACAAUGAACCAUGCUACAGAUAACAAACCAGGGCCAGGAGAGAAGACUAUAACACGUACAGGGUAUAAGCCGGCCAAUGCAAAUCUCAGAUCAUCAGUUUUUAAUUUACAAAAGGAGAAGGAAAGGAUUGGCCGACAGCAUUACCCUCAGUUUUCAUUUAAACCGACAUUGAUGGAUAUUCCUGAUAUGCCGAGAGUUAAGACAAAACCCCUACAUAGAAAUGAGAUGUCUUCUCUCUUUCCAGUUGAUGACUUUGUUCAGAUUAAAAAUGAUUGUCAGAAAAGACCUAUGAGUGCUACCUAUCGUUCAAAAAUAUUUAGCAAUUCAGGGGGUCUGGAACCCCACAGAUCGAGACCUUUUCACAGAAAUGAGAUAUCCUCUGUAUUUGCACAAGGCCAAGUGAUAAAUAAUGAAGUAAAGCCAGUUAGCGACACUUAUCAAUCACAUGUAUUUCAAAAUCAAGACACUGCUAGCGAUGAAAGAUUUGAGCGAGACAUUUUCUCAGCAGAUGGUAGCAUGGUUUGUCUUACAAAACAGAAGUCAGUCCACAAUAUGAGCGAUACACAGUCAUUUAUGUCAAGCUACAGUGAAAUAGCUCAGCCGCCGCAACAAAUUUGGUCUACGGCAGAUUACAGUUUGGUGGGCUGCCCACGUCGAGCACAAUGUUCUAAUUCGAAAAAGAUGUCAGAAUCGUCACUUUUCAAAGAAGAGCAGCAAGGUUACACCCCACCUCUAUGGUCCUCCGAUCAUCACAUGUCAUCAUGCAAAUCAGUGCAUAGUGCAGUUUCCAAUGAUACUUAUAAAUCAACAGUGUUUUCCCCAGAUCACAAAAGCACCUGGCGUGCCAAUAAUUGUUAUCCAAAUGAUGAAUCGGAAAGCACUGUGAAUGAUGAAUCCUUAUCUCCUAGUAUUGCUAAUGAUAUGAUAAAUACAGCUGAAUAUUCAAUACCAAAUUGCCCAGAAAGUGUUAUAAAUGAUACUUGCGAUGCAGUUUCUUCCGCGUCAAUCAAUUCAACUCUAGAUUCUAAUUUUAAAAAUUGAAACUACAUUUUAUACUUUAUUUUUAAGAAAAUAUGAUAUAUUUAUUUACUAAACAAUUAUGUUCACAGUAUUAGCACUGUGUGAAACUACACUUGAGCUAUAUAAACCCAUAUUUGGUGCAUCAAAAUAAGAAUUAUUUGAUAUAUUUUAUCCUUGUUGAAUG